AUGGCUGCAAAACUUAUAGUCCUAUGCUGCUUACUAACGUACGCUUUGGCGAUGGUCGCAGCAUCAUCGGAAGCUGAGCCUCCCGCAGCAAGGAAACUUGGUGGGCACGAGUGGCCAAGAGCGGAGGCAGAAGCACCGGAGGUUUCAAAUUCGGAAGAGACUGUACGGCGAGGCCACCACCAUUCAACGGUUGACAGAUCGGUCGCCGGCGGUGGAGUGAUACUCGGCGGUUUAGCGACUACGUUUCUUGUGGUGGUGUUUUGUUAUAUAAGGGCCACUAGUAAGCACAAAACCAAUAACUAUGAUGAGAAGGAGACUGAAACUCCUAAGGUUUUAGUUUAA